UUGGCGCUCUAUCGGCCUCCCGAUGUUUUUCCUCGUCCGAUAAAUCGACGGUUCUCGAAAAAUAACGCGAUGCUGAUAGGCCAAAGUGAACUGCUACCGCUCUACAUAGUUCUAUGUCGAUGGGUGGUGGGUGCUGUGAGCCGUGACGGGCUGAGGGGGUUCGUUCAAGUCGAAGUGCAGAGUGGAGUUUUGAGAGGGGGUGUAAAGGGGUUGAGCGAUGGGAGGAAUUAUUAUAGUUUCGAAGGAAUACCAUUUGCCCAGCCACCUGUAGGAGAUUUAAGGUUCAGAGACCCUAUACCUUUCAACAAAUGGACUGGAAUUUUAGAUGCCACAAAACAAUCACAUUCAUGUAUUGAGUUUGAACUGAACCAAGUGGAUUUUGAUGUUCACGGCAGUGAAGAUUGUUUGUAUCUCAAUGUGUACACCACACAAGAUCCACGCUAUAUCCAAGAAAGAUUACCAGUGAUGAUAUGGUUUUAUGGUGGUUAUUUUAGAGAGGGUAACAGUUCACUUUACAGUCCAGUAUUGUUACUAAGAGAGAACGUAAUUGUAGUAACAUUGAACUACCGAGUUGGAGUUUAUGGGUUCUUGUCUACUAGUGAUUUGAGUUCACCAGGAAAUUACGGACUUAAAGAUCAACUUAUAGCUUUAAAAUGGGUUCAAGCAAACAUAGUUAAAUUCGGCGGUGAUCCCGGAAAAGUUACUAUUUUUGGCGAAAGUGCCGGCUCAGCUUCUGUAGGCUUUCAUUUGCUGUCUAACCAGGCGAAAGGACUAUUUCAUGGUGCCAUAUUACAAAGCGGGACUCCUCUGUGUAAUUGGGCGUUAGACAGAAAUCCAAGACAGGUAGCAUUCGAUCUUGGAAAUGCUUUGGGAUUCAACACGAAAAACAGUACCAGCUUGGUUAAGUUUUUAAGACAAGCUGAUUUAUCGAAAUCGGACCAAGUGAUAAAAACACUCUAUACAGUAAAUUUCCUAGAGUCCUUCUUCUACGGCGGCCCCUUUGGACCAGUAAUCGAGCCCAAUUACGACGGAGCUUUCAUCACGAAAGACAGUUUAAGAGCUUUGAAAACAGGAGACUUUGCCAGAGUACCUGUAAUUAUCGGCGUAAACUCGCAGGAAGGAAAACUUCUCACUUCCGUAAUUGAAGCCGCAAAGCCGUUUUUCUUUCUGUUCGAUGUUAGUCCGAGUUCUUUGGUACGAGAUACCAUGAAUGUAAAGUCUUAUAAAGACAGGAGGUAUAUAGGAACAAAAAUAGCACAAUAUUACUUCAAAUCGAAAGGUUUCAUUGCAGGAACAGAUGAAGAAUUCACAAAGUUUCUUUCAGAUGAUAUGUUUUUAAGACCCAUCGUGAAAACUACAGUUCUCAUGUCAAAAUUCAUCCCAGUGUACCACUACGUUUACGAUUAUGAAGGGAGCUUAGGAAGAUGGUGGUUAAAGUUCAAAGCAGAGUAUAGGCCGGAUAUUAAAGGUGUUGCACAUGCGACAGAUAUUCUGUAUUUGUGGAAUCUUACUAUAGCACCUACAACAUUCAAAAAUAAAGAGGAAAGACUGGUAUCGGAGAGACUUACGAGAUUAUGGACUAACUUUGCUAAAUUUGGCAAUCCAACCCCGUGUGAAGAAGAUCUAUUGCAAAAUGUGCAAUGGCCAAAAGUGUCCGGUAAAUCGCUGCAGCAUCUGUAUAUAGGUACAAAUUUAAAAGUUUCUAGUAACUUCCAAAAAGAAAGUGUCGAUUUUUGGGAGCAUUUAUAUAAAUGUUUUUCGAAAGAACCCUAUCAAAUUUACUAGUUAGU